AUUCCGCGAUACAAAAAAUCGACUUAAACCUCUUCCGAGAAACCUUUUGCGACCCAAGUUUGCGUCAACGCAAAAACGAACACAAUAAUUUGCGUGAACUUUUAAACAGCUUAUGUCUACAGAAACAAAAAGUGAACGUGAGGUGGCAAGCGCUCGCAAAUUUUAAUGAUGUGCGUGUGAAUAACAAACGCGGCGUGCGGAUUCUAUAUAAGAGUCAGGGCACCCCGAGACCCCACAAAAUCCGCAUAGAUGGUAGUCUUAUCCUGGCUGGUGGUCGCCACCACGGUGGCCUGUUCGCUAACGUCAACAGAAGGUGUUCCUUUCUUCGGACUCUUCUACGACAUUUGUGAUGAUUGUUCGGAGGAAUCGGGCGGGAUUCUGUGCGAUUUGAUGUGUGAAACUGUGGAAUGCAGCGACGAGGAAACUACGGAAGCGGCGGAGAGUACGACUGCGGGUGAAACGACUGAGGGUGAAAGUGAAACGACGACGGCUGGGGGUAAUGGUGAAACGACUGCAGGGGGUGAUGAGACUACGGCUGGUGAAGAGACGACUACUGCUGCUGAAUAAUUACACAAUUAUGAUAUAAAAAUAUCUAUCUAUACAACUAUCCAAAUAUCUAUAUCUGUUUUUAUGUUAACGUUU